UUCAAACAGGUGCAGUGGCGGCGCUGUUGUUGCCAAACACUAUGUGGCCAUGAUUAUUACCAGCUUGGUGAUCGUGAUUGGCGGCAGUCGGCACCAGUCGGCACUUGCCAGUAGACGCGAGUGGUGGUUCGUUUGUAUCGCAGUUCGAUUGAAAACUGCCUACUGAAAAUGGCGUAGCAAGGUGGUAUAAUGCCGUAAUCCGUAUCACAUAUACAUAAACGCACCGUGCUAGCUGUUAACCAGUGUCCGGGUGUUCGAUUAGUCGACUUUCGGAGCGCUCGCAACGAUACCGUCCAACCUACAGCAUUGUGAUCGAUGCGACAGAUCAUUCUUUCUUUAAUAGCAGCGUGAAAAGUGUGUUGUGUGAUGGUGACUCGUACUGUGCUUUGACAGCGGAUGUGUUCGCGAUCCUCGUGACGUUUCGAGGUUCGAACGGAGCGCACAGCAUCAAUGAUUUGAUUGUGAUUCGGUGGAUCGUGCUGGAGAACCUAGGGAUUGCGAUCCCGUUCCCGAGAAAUCGGGAAACUUUCCUCGUGACAGCUUGACGACCUCGACUCCAAGCGAGUUCAAGAUGGCGCCACCGGCAUUUUGACACUUGCCCAAGAUCCGUCAGCUGGAUUUUACCACCGCCACCGAGUUCUCUCUAUUAUGAGCAGAGAAUUUUUAGUUUCCUGUGCACCGUACACCUAUCAGUGUGGCAGCGGGGCCGGAUCCACGGAGGGUGUGAUCGGUAGCGUGAGCGGCGUGACCAGCAGCAGCGGCGGUGGCAUGGAUUGUAUGCCCCUGCGACCAGGGCCGUUUCACUACCUGAUAAGCGAGCAGGCCAAGUCGUUGGUGGCCUUGCAGGAGCUGCAGAAUGAGGUCGGCGCCCUUCUCGAAUUCCGGGACCUCGUCAUGGAGACGUUCCCGAACCUCCGGCACAAGAUGGCCGCGACGGCGUCCGCGGGAGCGUCCGUGAUGUCCUCCUCAUGUGCUCCGAAUUCGCACAUCCCGUUGCCGCUAUCGAGUCCAUCGUCGCGACGAGCGAACGAAUGGGAGCCGGGCAAGGUCCGUCGGCGGAUACCCAGGGAAGGUGGCGAGUCGUCCUCGUCGUCGUUGCCUAGAAGCCGCAGCAACUCCCACAGCGGCGGCACGAAGAACAACUGCAGCGCGACGGUGCAGGAUUCCGGCUUCAGCACGGAGACGUCUUCGAAGGACAGCGCUUCGACGGCGAUAGCGCCCAGGCCGAACAGUCCUAGGCCAGCCAUCCUGGACGAGGCGGAGGACGAGCUAUGGAACCUCCUGAACGUGAUCCACCGGAAGGGCAUCCGGCUCAGAGAAGAGGUCGAGUGCCUACAAGGUCGGCUGGAGAGCGUGACGUCGGAGGAGCUGACCUCGACCGACAUCCUGGACGCCGUGAAGGAGGUGACGUUCCUGGGAGCCGACAGGACAGCGAUAGCUCCUGACGACGGCACGGAGGACAAGGAGAAGAACUCCCAGGUGGUAACGCUCAGAAGGGAGAAGGAGCAACUGCUGGACAAGGUCGCUGAACUCGAGGCCGAGACGAUAUCCAGUCGCGCAAGGGCGCAAGAGCUGCAGUCCGAGUUGGCCGCUCUGUCAGCCUUGAAGACCGGUUUAGAGGACAGGCUGAGAGCAGGACUGACCGACGCGUCCUCGGACAUCUUCGCUCCGGGAGCUCAGAGGCUGCAACCUAUCGCGCCAGUCCUGUCCUCGCCGAAGAGCAACAACGUUAGUAACAUUAAGAGCAAGUCCUCGGCGUUCGCGCCCGUGGCGACCUUCGCCAAGGCUCACAAGAACCGAUUCAGGACGAGGACCAUCGAGAAGAAUGUCCUGCUGGACGUCGCCGCUCGCAACGACGAGCUCAGAGACAUCGACGUCGAGGCCAACGUCAAGGAGAGAAGGGCCAGGCUCGGCGCCCUCGACUCCGUUCUUGUCUCGCCGACCAGGGUGACGCACGUCAAGGACGUCGACUCCAAGAAAAUUGCUGCCAUUCUCCGCGAACACUCCCCUCUUGAGCUGCAGCGGCAUUUAAUCACUACUACCGUCCAUAAUCAGGCCUUACGGAAAAGGCUCGACGAAGUACAGAAAAGCACAGAAACCCUCUCCGAACGGUUGGACAAGGCGCGCGAAGAGAACGACGACCUACGUUUUCAGCUGGAAGAGAGGAACAUCGAACUAGAAGGCACCAGGGCCCGGGUCCGGGUGCUCGAAAGACUGCAGCAACGUCCUCCGACGGAGCUGGACCCGGAUGCGAACGGUGACCAACCGAGAUGCGAGCAGACAGGACUGGAACCAGGUAGCAGCACGGAAUCGGCUCGGGACCACCACCAAGCUGUGGAAGUGAAACCUUCUCCUCGUCGGCGACCUAGUCGUAUACCCCUGCCGGGUUCCACAUCGAAGGCGACAGCGCCUCGGCCGCCCAGCCACGGAAGAAACGACAGCAAGGAGUCGUUGAAGUCGCUGACAAGACCGCCACGUGAUUCUAGUCGUGACAGUCACGGUGGCAAGUCGCUGUCGAAGGCCCGCGACUCGAGCCGGGACUCGCUGGGCAACAAGAGCCUGACGAGGAACAGCGGGAACAACAGCGGGGCCGGCAGCAGCAGCAGCGGGACCGGAAACAGCAAGGAAACGAAUAGGGAGUCCCUGAACAGGUCCCUGCCGCGUAACAAUUCCAGCCGAGACUCCCUACACAAAUCCUCCUCGCUGUCCCGCGCCCGUGACUCGCUGGAGUCUAACAACCUCGGCACGUCCUCAUCCCCGGGGACGACUCCUCCUCGACGACCGCCCGCCCCCGCACGCCGUUCCUACAGCCUGGCCCGCGCGUCGACGUCCAUUGACUCUGAGAACGGCAAGAGCUGCACCGAACCACCGAGUUCCUGGUGUUCGACGAACGGCAGCUUCCGGCAUAGCGACUCCUCUUUGUACACGGACUCGUUGAAUGAGGAGACCUCGUCGGUGACUGGGUCCACUAGGGUGGAGUUCAUCAUCGGUUCACCUACUAGAAGAUUUAGACAAAGCUCUGUCUGGCCGCAUCGCUAUUUCGACAGCAUCGACUCCACUGCGAUGCCAGAGAGUCUGAUCACCGAUGACUUCGCUGCGAACCAAGACGAUUCCCUGUUUUAUGCGUAGACGACAAGAUACAGUUUUCCUUCGUUAGCGGCUCCGGGACAGCGAAACGUUAUGGAGCGUCGGUGUGAAAAACAUAUUAUCUCGAAUACGAUAGACCCAAAUGUAGAAUUAAUUUAUCCAGUCCUUAGGGUCUACGGAUUACGGUUUAACUUGAUCCUUGGGGUGCAAGGAUUGCGGAAAGUAAAUUAUUUAACUUCAUCCUUGAGAUGCUAGAAUUGUUUAAUAUAGGUCUUGAGGUUCAGUUGCAAUUUUCUAACCAGUUAUUGUAAAAGACAUUUUAAUUUAUGGGAUGAAUGAUGUAAGAAUUGAGAUUGGACCUCAAGGAUUGGGUUCAGGGUUUUUUAUGGUAUACAUAUAUUUAUAUCACUUAGCAGUGUGUAUACUGCUAUCUAAUAUUCUACAUCAAUCAGUAGCAUUAUUGGCAGAGCUUCUGUGAUUCCAUACGCAAUAAUCAUGUAACAAGACGCUAACGAGGGAAAACUGUAACAUCGCAGACUUUUAGAUGUGACGAGAAAUCAAGGUUGGAGUGAUUACCUUGAUCAGUGCCUUUUGUGUACUGCUAUCAUCGCUAGCCUGCGGAUGUUGAUUACCAUACACAUUUUUAUAAAUUUACGUAAUAGUUUCCUGCUAGAAAUUGUUUUUUAUAAACAUCCUCUCUAUAGCUACUGGGAAAAGUGCAUUCUGUUCUUCAAUUUAUUAACCCCCUGCCUUGAAUCUAGAAUAUAUUCAUUAAUUUCUUUCGAACGGAAAUAAAAAACAUCAAUAUCAAUUUAGUGAUUGAAGAAAAUACAAGUAUACAAUUGACACAGAUUUCCUUUUUCCUCUAGAGAAAGGAAUUCUAAUUAAUGUAAAAGAAAUCUCGAGGCAGAGGAUUAAUUAUAAUCAGUAGAAAAUCGUUUUCGUCACUGUGCAUAGUUCUGUAUGCACGGUGCUUCAAUUAAUUGUAUUGUUUAAAACUAAGCAACGUAUGGCCUAUGGAGCAGAAUGACUAUAAAAUCAUCCUGAUUAAAGAAUACUAGGAUACAUUCAUAUUUUGAAACAGACUUGCAAUCGACAAGCCGCGAAUAUUUUCUUUAGAAGAAGAGGUAGUCAUUUAUUUUAUUAUUUCAUGCUGCAAACGGAACAACCAGAAAUAUUUGCUAUAGGCAUCGAUAUUUUGAGAGAUAUUAGAAACGAGUGAUCCAAGGUACCAACAUUGUUUUAUACGCAUAAAGUGAAACUAACGGCCGAAGAGACGUGUAUGCGAGUUAUUUUUACAGUAGCCUAUCGUGUCAUCUCAUUACGCCCUAUUGUUUCAUUUUGCAUUUCAAUUGCAUUUUUGCGAACUUAUUCCAUGCAAUACCAGACUGUACUUUGUAUCUCGAGCACUAUGGAAUUGUCUCUCGUAAUUAGACAGUGGACUUUAUACAUUUAUCAUCAAAAUUAAACGCGCAGAUAGAAAACAGUUCUAAUCGUCGUUUUGUUCAUUAUUGCAUUCAAGGAAAAAAUGUGAAAAUCUUUUUAUUUACUUUGCAUAGUCCACAGUCUAUUAAUUAAAAAAACAAAUUGAUUCAUUGACUUAAUUGUCGUCGAGCUGUGCCAGGAAGGAACGUGUCCUCAAUUGCAGAAAUCAGAAAGUAUACAUGGUUCACCAUGUGUGUUCACUUACACGAAAUGAAGGUUUUACACGAAAUUUUCUUACCCUGUAAAAUAUUUGACGCAAUUUUAUAAUAAUUUGACAAAUACGCGUACUUGUCGAUGAUUAAUAUAUUAACGAUGAUUAUACAUUUGAUUGUUCUGUUUUCACGUGACAAAAAAAGCAGGAAAGAAUUGGACAUAAUAUAUCACUGAAAGAGAUAUCGGUUUGUAUAUGUCGGUUUGUAUACGUAUGAAUCCCUGAUUAUCUUUAUUUCAGUGUAAUAACUCAUGUCCAGAAUCUUCAAAAAAAUUUAUUGAACGAUAUUUGUCACUAUAUUCCGGAACUGAGUGUCACUUGCAAUUUGUGUCACUUGAUUUUAUUGAGAAAACAUUUCUACGGAAUUAUCUGGUUUGCAAGUUGCAAAAUUCAUUUAUAAAGAAACAUUCGCUCAAUCCUGACUCAGUGAGUACAAGAUUUCUAGUAUUUUUCUCACAAGUAUCACUUUAAUAGUUUAUGUCUACGAAACAAUCAUGCUUACUUGUACAAUAGACUAUUUCAUGCAUAAUUUUCUUCAUCAAACGUAAGACUGUAUCUACAAGCUGAUGUAAAAACGGAAACUUAUUAAUCUUGAAAGUACAUUGAAUUUUUCGAUGUGCGGUAGAAGAGGUUCAGUGCAAUUUUUGUGUGCGAAAACGGAAUACAAUAUUCUACUUGAUCUAUUUUCAAUGUACAUAAGAAAAAUCAUGUUCGACGGAAAAUAUUAAUUAUACACAGAGCUAGGCAUACAAUUAAUCGACAAAAUUCGCAAUUGAUUAUUUCAUUGACGAUUGUAUACUUAUUCCAAUCAAUUGUGAUUAUACAUCAAGUAAAACUGAAAGAUCAAUACAUCAGUUAAGUGCAAUUUAUAUUUCAAUGGUGAUUACAUUAAAUAUUGCCCAGCUUUCAUUUAAUCAUUUCUGUGAUUUAUAAAGCUGCAAAAAUUCGUCGAAUUUUUGUUAGAAUAUCUUGCGAAAAAUUCACCAGAAAAAUGUUAAUAACAAUCAGCGAUAUCACGACCAUCCUUUAGCACAUUCCAUGCAGCGAAUCCGAAAAACCAUAAUCUCAUAUUCCAUGUAGAAUUUAUACCUUAUGUUCGAACUUGCGUUGUAAUUAGUAGAAUUUAUUUAUUUGUAUGCAUGAGAGAUGCGGGGACUAUUAUCGAACGUUCGUAGCGAGGAACAUUAACGUAAUAUUCAUUAUUCGGAGAAAGACUUUAUACAUAUUUUCUCGACGAAUACCGAACGAGACACGAAGGGCCACGCGAAAGCGAAUGAAACGCAGAAAGAGGGUUUCUCGAUUAUGCGAACAGCAUUUCCAGAUACACACAUAUCACGCGUGGUGACCUAUCUUCGACAAUAUUCUUAAACACCACGCAACAACACGUUCGAAAUCAAUAUAACAAACAAAUCUUUUCUCAAUUGAGUCUAGCUACGAAACUUCUCAACAUUUUAGAAUACAUUUCAUGGACAUUUUAUGCCUCCGAAAGUUAUUAAAAAUUGAUCAAAAUUUUUAGCACUAUAAGCCUUUUUAUUAGAAGUUUAUUCAAAUCAUUUGCACGUAUUUUGUAAUAACAUUCUUGUGCAUAAUUGUUGCGUCUAAUCAAGGCGAAGAUGCGCUUUUCUAUUUAUGUUUUUUAGUAAUUUCAUAAAAUAUCUUACACAUGAGUUCUUGUACAAAUGAUUCUGAGAUUAUUUUGUUGUAUAUAUCUGUUUUUAACGUUUUAGUAUGUUAAAACAUACAGAAGCGUCCAGUAAACUCGUUUAAGGAACGUUAUUGGCAUUUUAUCAAAUACAAACCGAUUUUAUAUUAUAUUAUAUAUUUAUCUUCAAAUACUUUCAAGAUAUAAAAUUCAGUCCAGUUUUUACUGGACGCUUCUGUACGUUUUAAUAUACUACAACAAUUAUUACAAUGUAAAUAUUACAAAUACAUAAAGAACCAAUGUCUAGUUCCGAAAAUUUCGAUUUACAAUUUGUCUCGAUGUUUCAAAAACACUGUUUCACAAACAACUUUUCAUUUCACACAAAAUUGUAUUGCAGAAUACGCUGGCACUCAAUGAGAAAAAGAGAACGUGUCUCUAUGCGUGAGAAAGGGAACGAGAAGCGCGCACGAUUUUUAUUGUAAACGUUAGUGUCGAUGAUUUAACGGCGUCACCGGAUUCCAUUAGUCGAAUCGUAAAUCGUACGGUGAAUCGACGAAAACUACUACGUACCAUACAGUUCCUUGCUUCAACCAAUUUCGUUAUUUAUAAUAAAAGAUGAGAGAAUGUGAGCGAGAGAGAGAGAAAGCGAAAGAGAGAAAGAAAUGUGGAUUAACGUGAAACUAUCGAGCGUACGUUUAAUCACAGAGCUAAACUUGUGAUCCUAGUAUAAAAAAUAACCGCGCGAACUAUGUGAUUAACUUAGCCGAACUGAUAGGACUGACGGACAUUACUUAUUAUUUUAGCGUCGAGGUAUUUUAACACGUGACCGUGAGAAACCAAAAUGGAGAAGGACGUUCGGCACCGCGACGGUCUUUUUCUCCUUUGUUACCGUCGCGUUAGGCGAACGUAUCAGCGACGAAGAAAAGAAAUAAUGCUCAGAAUUAAUUAAUUGUUCUCGCGUGUGCGAACGCAGUGGUUCCACUGCGGAUGGCUAUUAUUUUUAUAUCUUAAUUAACGACUGUGAGAGAACGAAAGCGACGGAGAACGAUGCGCCAGCCGCACCGACGUUAGCAGCUUCCUUAUUUUUUUUCGCGAUGAUAGUUGUUUUUAUCGUCGUUGUAUUAUAAACUUGAUCCUAGCUUAAAAAAACGAGUUAGCGAGUCCCCGUGUCCAUUCUAGCGGGGGCCUCACACCGUUCGAUCUAUUGUUUUAUUAUCGAGAUCGUGACCACACCGGCAUCAUUUAUCUCUGUAUAUACGUACGGCAUCGUGAAUUAUUUAAAGUUAGUUUAAUGUACAGAACAUCUGUGUAACGAUAUCUCUGCGAUAAUGUGAUUCGUUUAAUAAAUACGAUAUUACGUAA